AUGGAGACCGUGUCGUGGGCGCUCACCGCCAACAUGGAGCCGAUCCUACCGACAAAGACGCCCCCGAAGCUAGGCACCCCCGGCACAUUCCAGCAGAGCAAGCGCCGCAUCACGUACUCGGCGGACGAGAUCAGCCCGCACGCGCUGGACCGACUGGGAGUAAACGCCGACAUCUUGAAGAAGGAGAAGGGCAUGAAGAAGCUCGGCAUCUGCGACGUCGACAUCGUCCGGAGCGAGGAGCUGCGGCGCUACACGGGCGUCUCGCAGCUGGAGCCGACCUCCAAAGUCGAGUUCAUGUUCGGCUUCAACGACGAGCAGCUGCACCGCGAACGAGCCAUCAAGCGCCUGGGCACCAGCGAGCAGGAGAUCAUGGACGACUACAGCCGCAGAGUCUCCUGCUUAGGCACCUCCAACUCGUCGCCGUUGAAGCUGUAA